UUAAGUUUGUACAAUGGUACCGCCAUUCUCCAUAACUUCCGGCAUCCGGAAUUUAAAAUCCAAUUGCCUUUGCUUGGGCAGUUAAGUGUAGACGCAUUUUAGCCCUUUUUCGGAAACCCUGUGCCAGGGAGAAAUGCCUUCACUGGUACCCAUUCAUCCCCCUAAACUUGAACCAUGGCGGAUGCAAUCAGAUGCGCCUGCGACUCCUUUAACUCCGUGGUGGAUUACCUGGUCACGAUGAGGAUCUGCGAGAUUCGGCACUGCUUGGAGUUCCUCGGAGUGGCCCAUACGGAGGUGCUUGCAGGUGUCGUUCUCUUCAUCCUGAUGCAGUUCACCAAGUUCACGGCCGUCCUGCUGUUGGCCAUUCUCCUGGCCUACGGGAUAUUCUAUCUGUGGGAGACCUUCUUUCCGGAAAUCAGCCAAUUUGGUCACAGGGGUAUGAAGAUGUUCCGAAAUGUCCGCACUUCUGCCAACUUGCCACCUUUUUCAUCUGAUACUGAGGAUUCCCCAGGAGAGUACUUAAUCAGUCCAAAAGUUAAGCAAUAUACCAGUGGAUUGAUGACCCCGCCGAAUAACCUUAAUAUGCCCAUGCUACUGCCUGUUUUGCAAACGAAAAAUCUGCGAACCACUAGUCUUCAAACGGAUGCUAGAAAAAGACAGGAUGAGGAGAACAGGCGGGGUUCUCGGGGAUCUCGAGGUCGCUCAGCUCAGCGAGAAUCGCAGGAUGCGGGAAAACACCGAAAAGAUCGUCCUUACUGGAGAUCUGUUAACUCGGAAUCGGAACAGCCCCACUCCUCCAAAAGAACUCACCAGGGAGGUGGAGGAAGUGCUCCGCCUGGAGGUUCCGGAGAAUCCAAGCGGAUGGCGAAUGUCAUGCGCAUUCCGACCAUUACCAGUGGAAUCGUAGAGACCAAAAGGCUCUCCAAAGUAACCAGUGAGCAACUAAAGCGACUUCCUAACAUCACAAGUGGUGAAUACCGUAGGAUAUCCAACGAAGCCAGGAAGUUGCACAAUAUAACCUCUGGGGAAAUUACAGAAUCCCGAAGGGUUCCCAAAGUAACCAGUCAUACCCAAGAAUCGCGAUGGUUACCCCAAUUAACCAGUGGUGAAAUGAAGGAAUCUCGAAAAGUGCAAAAGAUAACAAGCAAUACCAAUGAAUCGAGGGGGUUAACCAACAUAACUAGUAUCGAAAUGAGGGACAACCAAAGGGAAUCUAGAAGAGAAUCGCGAAGAUUACCCGGGGAAAUAAAGGAAACCAGAAGGAGUUCACAUCCCCCGGGAACUGGAGAAUCCCGUCGCCCUUCGAAUAAUCAUAGAGACGGCGGAGGUGGUAGCGAAUCCAAGUCCCGUCGUCCUGCGGAGAAAUCAUAUCCCCCUCAAAGUCGUCGUCCGGAGGAACCAUCCAAACAGCGAAGGAGCAACAACUGGCAUUCCGGGGUAACUAGACGUCCAUUUCCGGAUGAUCACUUCGAGCGAUUGAAGCUGGAGAAUCGGGAGUUUCAGGCUCGCCGUCUACAGGCGAGUGGGGCAGCUGGAUUCCGUAGUCCCACCUCCGAGGGAGCUAUGCUCACCAAACAGGAUAACUUUAUAGGAAAUCAUCGUCAAUUCGACAAGAGGGAAGCCCAAAGGAACUUUAAGUCAAGUAAUCCCAACAAGGAUGCCAAUCAUCGUUAUAGACAACACCGCUCGCCCAAUCCAAUACUUUGA